AUGGUAAUCGCUGAGAUCAUAGAAAUCAUGCAUACAUCAACGAUUAUCCAUGACACGGUGCUUGAAGAUUACGAUGCUCUCGAGAAGGGCAACGCUGCUCAUCGUAUCUACGCUUCUUCGGUUGCUGGAAACAAGAUUUCGAUUCUUGCUGGGGACUUCUUGUUGUCGAGGGCAUCUGUUCUCUUGUCGUCGCUGAGAAACACAGCUAUCGUGGAGAUCAUGGCGAGCGCGCUGGAGGCCAUCAUGAAAGGACAGAUGCAGCUGCACCGUCCUGUCACCCAGAAGUUUGGCAUGGAGACCUACCAGAAGAAUCUUGCGACACGUACAGGCAACUUGCUUGCCUCGGGCUGUCAGUGUGUUGCUCUUGUUGCAGGCUAUGAGAGGGGAUCAGAGGUUGCGAAGGCAGCAUUUGACUACGGUAUGCACAUCGGGAUUGCUUAUCAGAUGAUGAAGGACUUGAAAAUCACUGAGAAGAACUACGAGAAGCUUCUGCUAAAGAUGAAACAGUGCCUGGAUGGUGGAGAAUGCCCUCCAUUUGACCCCUACGAGCUCAAUGAGCCUCUGCAGAGGGCUGGAGCGCUGAUGUUUGCAAUCGAUGCUGAGCCAGAGCUGGAAAAGUAUGCGCGGGAUGGGUUUGACAACAUUGACUCUCUAUUGAUGGUUCGAGAGAAGAUUGUCGAAUUCAAGGCGGUCGAGGGUGUUCAGAAGUGCGCUGAGAAGCACGUGGAGGAAGCUAUCCAAGCUCUUUCUAUUCUUCCUCAGAGCGAGCAUAUUGCCGCGCUUCAGAACCUAGCCUACAUGCUUGUCGAGCCCAGCCAAUAUCGUAUUCAGCGAGCAAGCUACGAUUCGAAAGGAGCUCUCAUAGCACGAGGAAAGGCAACGGAGAAGUCAGGAACUCAGGUUGUGCAGUUGCUCAGGUCUGCUCGCCAGGGAGCACGCCUUGGAUUGUUCAGCAUGGGGGAGCAUGUGAAAGGAACUAUCGAUCGCAUGUCAGAACGUAUUAGGAGAGCGGGCAAACAGAAAGACGGGGAGAACAAGUGA